CCUCACUUAGUGAUGGAGUUUCUGGUCCCAAUUGCAGUCAAUAAGUGAGGACUACCUAUACAAUGGCCUCUCACAUCUAAACAUGUUCCAGCACUUUUGAAGGCAAGACCCUGUGAGUAACCUCAGAAUGCAUUCCUUGCUCUGACCGAGGAGAAUUGAAAGGUGCGAUUUGGCACAAGAUCACCUCUCAACAACUCUUUGGACAGUCCUCACUGGGUUGUCCAUGAUCUUGAAAAAAAUAAAAGAAGGUUGUUAUCUUGGCAGUUUGGAAUUCACCGUCCCAUGUCUGUCUUCUAGAGAGAAUGUGUGUUGGAGGAGUUCACACAUCACUCUUUGAUUUGGAUUUGGCUUAACAUAUUGCGUGUGAACCCAGGCAAUUCAACAAACCAUGAUUAAGCAAACCAUGGCUUGAUAUAAUGUAUAAACCUAGCCUGUGUGUAUAUAAGAAUCCUUUUGGAAUUGUUGGUUUGUAUGGAAGAGCCCCCAGGUAUGUUGGGACUAUAGCAGCCAAAAUUCCUAACAAGAACCCCCCUUAACCUUACUGGCCAAGAAUCCUGGGAGUAUAAUACUAACACUUCUAGAGGGCACCAGGUUUAUCAAGUUGGGAGAGAUUGAACUAGAACAGACCUCAAGAUACAAACCGCCGUAUGUAAUGCCAACAUUCAAAGCUCAUGGUUCCUUCUCUCAGGACAGGUGGGGUGCUGUCCUGCCUUUCCUGUCUGCCCCAUCAGAUACAAAGCUCUUUGAAUUUCCAGCCCCUGAUGUUCCUCUUCCACCCCUCCAACUUUUCUCUCCCUGGCAUCCUCUACAUCUGUCUUCACGCAUGACAGUGCACUAUGAGGAAAGAGUCAGCUCUUGGCUUCUCCUUUCCCAGGCAGCCACAGUCUCAACUUCAUUCAGAAAACCAUGAAUCCUGGAAGACAAAGGGCUAAUGCUGUUGAGAAACAUCCUGCCGCCACCACUACUUGUUCCCGGCAGUCCCCGCGGAUCCUGGUGGUAGACAUCCAUCCCCCACAGUGGGACCACACCUGCCACAAACUCUGUGAAGCCCUGGAAAAUGUCUUCUGCUUAGCCUGCGGCUUGACAGGCCCACCCCGCAUCCCUUCAUUCAGCCUCUAUGUAGUCCAGAACCAGCAGGAAUGCCUGCUGCCCUUCGUGGCGGUUAAAGGAGGCUUUGCUCGGCUCCAGAGCUGCAUGGCAGAGCUUUGUGCCUUGCCGAGGGAGGGGGUGUUCCAGCCAAAGGAAGAUGCUGUGGUUCAGGCAGUGCUGGAUGGACUGCAGCAGUUUAAACAAUACACUGGUCAAGGCAUGGCAGGAGCCUCUCUGAGCAGCUCUUCUGUUGAGAUUACAGUCCUGACUAGCCAGCCCAGCAGACAUGUGGCCAACCAGCUGGAUGCUGGCUUGCAGGGUAUUGACCUGGUUAACCUCCACCAGCUGCAGGUGGUUGAGAUUUCCCAGAGGGGAGUCCAGGAACUCUCCGGUGCAGAGUGGGGCGGAGGAGGACCGAGCAGCAGUGGUGAGAGCACCACAAUCUUGAACACAGAGAUUAACCUACACACUGUGGAGAACGAUGUGGUAGCCUUAGAGGAUUUCUUCAAAGCCUGGCUGCAUGACCAUGCUUCCGAUCAAGAGCACCUUCAUCUCCUCCUGCCUGCUGGGACCAUCAGCUCCUCUGCUGCACCUAGCACCAAUGCAGUGUGGGUGAAGUGUGACAUCCAGGAGAGGUUUCUCAGCCCUGCCCAGCUUCCUGCAGCUUGUGAUGGUGGAACAGCAAGAGUGGACACUGCUGUCAGUCCAUUCUGGAUGGCGUCUGGCCUGGCCCCGUGCAAACUGAGAGUACUCAGGGCGCUGAAGGCUGAUGGGGUAUGUGCAUCUGUGCUUUCUGGUCUCCCGCUGGUCAUCAGGCCCACAAGCUGCUGGCAGCUGAGCUGGGAGGAACUGGAGGCCAACCAGCAGAGCUUCCAGGCCCUUUGCCAUUGUCUAUGGAAGCGGGAAUGGCUGCUGCUUGCCAAGUAUGAGACCCAGGACAGGCCAGAUCUCAGCAGAGGCCUCUUGGCCAGCGCCUUCCAGGUCCUGCUGCCCUCGGCCUCCUCCACCCUGCUGCUACGCCCAGUGGUGACCCGAGAGCUGCUUCUGCCUUGCAGCUUUUCUCACCUUCCUGCUGACCCCCCAGAAGCAGCACUUGCUAAAAUGGAGGGCAUCCUUAACAGCCUAGAGCUGGAGGCAAGCUACAACCCCCUGCGGGUGACGAGUCAUCUGUACCAGGCCAUGAAGAGGUGCCUUGGUCGCCUGCCUGCCUCCCGGGCUCAGCGCUGGGCACCCAGGCAGUGGCCCCGCCAGCACGGGGGUCGUGCACCUCCCAGCAAGGCCAGGGCCACAGUGGCUCCGCUGUGGGUGGCCCCUCCGACUGCUGGCUCCGGCACCCUCCCCCUUUGUCCAAGCAAAGGAAAGGAGACCCCAGGUCGAUGUAGCAGCCUUCGCCCACCUGUCUCGGUGGCAGCAGCAGCAGAGCGAGAGUCCUGCCUCGUUCAAAGCCAUGGGGAAGGCGCGCCCGAGGGCCAGCAUUGAAUGGCUCAGGCCCUGUUUCCUUGGGAGCAGCCCCUGCCUCCCCACCUGACCCAGACGCCAGCGGAGCUCCCCAAGGGGAUGGGUUUGAACGUUACCAGCAAGGCUUGGGUGGCAGCAGGGGCCAGCCUGCCUGUCUCUCCCCACUCCCCCCUCCAACACAAAAUGCUGGGCCGGUCAGGGAAGUAUCUCCCCGGGGAGGGGGGUUGUUUGUGACACUUUCAGCUUCCUCAUUUCUGUUGUUCGGCCCCCUUCCGGCCCAGGCUCUGCCACAUCCUCUGCGUCAAUAAACCUCGUUACAGCCCUG